CUCAAUUUACACAGCUUCUAUCCCUUAUCUUCUCCGACACCCACCUUGUUCCCUUCCCAAACCCCACAAGCAUGCUAAAGAAUGUUGCUGCACUGAUUUUAUGCAUUGCAACCGUAGCUCUUGGACAAAGCAACAAUUUUCAAUUUGCCACACGAUUCCCACAAAACAAAUUAUACAACUUGUCACCGAGUUCCACUGGUCUUGACAGCAUCGAUGGAACAGUAGCAGCCUUUGGCGACUUUAAUAAUGACAAGUUUACCGACUUGUUCAUUCUUGGCGCCGACCAGCAUUCUUUAUCUGUAUAUACUUGGCAUCACCGUACGUCAUGAAUAUCGAGUGAUAACAGCCAGUAACCAGCACCAUGCAAAAGACACCCCGGCUUGUCCUUCUUAUAUAUCAUAGUGAGUCGCUAAAAUCUUAUUGUUAUCACUUUUUUUUUGUAUAUA